AGGAAGACAUCAGUCGCACGAACUUUGUGUAUAUUCAAUGGCCACCGUUCGUGACGCUGAGGGGGCGUUCUGAGGUGUCAUUGCUUUCACAGCUGUCUGUAUUCCGCAGCUAGAGUUGCUAUUCACAACAGAGAUGCGCUGACUACACUACUCCCAGGGAUUGGCUGAGAACGUGCGUUUAGGGAGUUCUGUUGUAACGCUAAAAACUCGGCAUAGAAGAGGGACAGGACAUCCAGGGGCCUGGGCAAGAAGGACUGGAAUGAGGGGCAUGUGGUUAUGAGCCUGACAGCAUGGAGGGGAUUCUGCAUAAAUGGACCAAUUAUCUGAGUGGUUGGCAGCCUCGAUGGUUUCUUUUAAGAGGUGGGAUAUUGUCCUAUUAUGAUUCACAAGAAGAUGCCUGGAAAGGCUGUAAAGGGAGCAUCAAAAUGGCAGUGUGUGAAAUUCAAGUUAAUUCCACAGAUAACACUCGAAUGGAUCUUGCUAUUCCGGGGGAGCAGUACUUUUACCUAAAGGCGAGGACAGCGGCAGAGAGACAGCAGUGGCUUGUUGCCCUAGGAUCUGCAAAGGCGUGCAUUACCGACAUCCGAACAAAGAAAGAAAAAGAGUUCAUGGACAGCACUGAAGCUUUGAAAACAAAGAUGUCAGAAUUACGGCUGUAUUGCAAUAUCUUAGUUCAGCAAGUGAAUAAGACAAAAGAGUCGGUGGUCAUCACAUCAUCUGAUCCUCAGGACAAAAUAGAUAUGGGAGCACUUCUGAAAUCUACAUGCAGUACCUUUUUAAAAACCUUAGAGGAGUGUAUGCAGAUUGCAAACACUACAUUUACCUCUCACCUAGUACAUGGCUCACCUCCAGAAUCGCCACACCUUUCUGUUCUUCGGCCUAACAAGGUACGCCGUUCUACACUUUCACAUCAAAAUUUAAUACACAGGAAGACUGAAUUAAACAACAACCUUGAAAAUGGUUAUUUAAAGGAAGAUGGGAUUCAUACCAAUCAGUUUAUUAUUGAACACUUCAAUGUGGGAAGCUCUAAGAAUGUACCUGUGUCUUUCAUGGGUAAUGAAGAGAGCAAGGAGUAUAAGGAAGAGAGCAGAGUGGUGGAGGACAGGGAAUGUGCAGCUGAAGAUCAGUCACAGCAUUCAAAAAGUAAUCCAGACAGGGAUCUCCAAGACAGAGGGCCAGACCUACAGACAGAGCUACAUAUAUUAACAGACAGUUUAAAGCAAGACAAAGGAGGAGGCAGUGAAGAUAAAGGAGGAGGAUGUGAUGAAGAAAAACUGCAAACAUUUUUUAACACAAUGGACCACAGAUUCAACGAUAUUAAGUUUGAAGAUGAAGAGGGUAUCCCAACAGAAUAUUUCCUAAAUUCUUGUUAUGCAAUUGUCCCUGUUCUAGACAAGCUUGGGUCAACAGUGUUUGCACCUGUAAAAAUGGACUUUGUGGGGAAUAUUAAGAAAAUAAACCAAAAAUACAUAACAAAUAAAGAUUAUUACACAACCCUUCAAAAGAUUGUUCUUCAUGAAGUGGACACAAACAUGGCGCAAGUCAGAAACUCAGCAACUGAAGCUCUUUUAUGGUUGAAAAGGGGUUUAAAGUUUUUACAUGAAUUUCUUAGUGAGGUGAAGAAUGGAGAAAACAAUAUCCAAACAGCUUUAAGUAAUGCAUAUGGUAAAACAUUACGGCAGUAUCAUGGCUGGGUUGUACGAGGGGUUUUUGCGUUGGCUUUAAGGGCUACACCAACAUAUGAAGGAUUUAUGAACGCUCUUGCUAUUCAAGAUGGUGAUGAGAAGAAAGAAUCUUUUGUUUGUGCCAUGCAGAGGGACCUUAAUAUUUAUCUGCCAGCCAUGGAAAAGCAGCUAAAUAUACUGGAUAUAUUGUAUGAAGAACAUGGUCUGGAAUCUGAUGAAGUUGUAUGACAGGCAUAUGACAUUUUAUGAAUCCAGGGAUUUCUGAUGUAAUUUAACACUCAGCUUCUCUCUGUAGACCAAUGAAGACUGGUAUAAUUGAAAUACCAGAGCAGGAAUUUCUGGUGCUAUCCCUAUGCAGAGGUCCUUAAAAUACAGAGCUGUCGUCACCAAGUAGCCACUGUUUUUAUAAUUGCAAUCUGCAGUCAUGAAUUUUUAGUGAAGGUGCAGUGGAUGCUGUAAACUCUGCAAUACUGAGAGUACUUAGAGAACAUUUUUACUCUGGCAUUGAAUGGAAUAAUACUUGACCAUACAUGUCCUACACCAUAAUAUGUGAUGUUUGUGUUGGAGAUCAGCCUGCAUAUGUUCAUAUCCAAAGUAUCACAACUGAUGUUCUCCCUUCCAUUAUAAUAGAGCUGUUUCAUUUUAUGUUUGUUUUUUUAGCAAAUGUGAUUUAAUUCAGAGAUGAUAGUACAUACUUUUUUUGUUUAGUGAAAUACAUUUUCAGUAUGACACAUAUUGCAAUUCUUAGGUCUUGCUAACUGCUUAUGUCACACAGGGCACUGCAUGUGCAUAUGGUUUUAUAUUUGUGUUAAUGUUGCAUUUUAUCUUUAGUGCUUUUUCUUAUACUUAUGCUAACAUAGUUGGUGAAAUAAUAGGAAAAUAUACACAAAAAAUGUGUCCACAAAUUAUUGUUAUUUUAUCUGGUAUGUCUAUUGCUCCAAAGGACUAUUCUCCAUAUUGUAAUUUCAUACGAGCUCUCACAAUGUUUCUGAACUUGAUUAUGAUACUUUUAUUUUGCAGAUGCAGUUAUGUAAAUUGAACAUUCAUUGAUUUUAUUGAUUCUGUUUUCUAAUAUAUGGUAUGUAACAUGAAUAGAUACUUAUGCAAUUGUAUGUGAAAUUUCCAGCUGUGAUGCCAUUUAACAGGUAACUUACACAUGAAGUGUGUUUGUGUGUGUAUUAUGAUUGUGGGCAUGCACAGCACAGAGUGGAAAGAGGAAGCCUGUAGUUUGAUAUUUGAAAUAGAUUGUAAGAAAGCCAUUAACUCAGCCCCCAUAAAAAUGAUGGGGCACAAGACCCUUUGUUGCUGAGGGGUCACUUGAAACAGUUUAUCCUCAGUAUACAUCUAUACAUCCAUGAGGCUACUUACUGAGGAGAUAAUCUCUUUCAAAUGUGGGGUCAUUUGACCAUCUAGAUUGUAAGGGGUCAAUGUAAAAAGUCACAUUUCUAACAUAUGUUGAAACUGUAUUUCAGCAAACGGAGACUCAUGUGACAUGAGGUUUAACAUGACUCUUUAGGUAUUAUAUGGUUGGUGGAUGCUGCUGUAUAUUUAGCACAAUAGACACUAAUUCCGAGAAAUAAAAUAGAUUGGUCAAGAUAAUUGCUUCAUCCUCUCUACCAAAGCCAAAUCUAUGCACAGCUGAGAUUUCACAUUAUUAGGAAUAGCAUCUCUUUUCUUCAAAUGAUAGGUCACAUGACCAUCUAGAUACCAUGUGGCUGAUUAAUAAAUUCCAAUUACUAAGAUCUCUAGAUAUAUGUUUUAGAGAUAAAUAAUGAGAUGGGUGUUAAAACCAUCAGCAUAGAUUGCAUUCAUUUUCCUACAUUGGUAUUGAUAUGCUUGGGACAUUUGCUCUCUACCCUUUGUAAUUUUGUGUGUAAGUCUUAAUUUUGUUUCCUGUAGGAUGGAUCAAAAUGCAUUUGGUCUUUUUUGUACACUUUAACAUUAUAUCCAAGUUAUGUGUUGACCAAAAUAAUGUCACUUCAAUGAUUUGUUAUUUUUUACGGGUAUUUUAAACUUAUAAUUUAAGCAUUGUUUUAAAAGUACAUUUUACUUCCGCAACCAGUAAACUUAUUGGUGUUGCAAUUGUAUGCUAUUGGCACAUAAAUCUAUUCAUGAGAAUGGGUCUGUCAUAGCACAGUUGUUGGAUUAGGAAAAGUCAAUGAAGGUAAAUAAAAUAAUUUCCAUGAAAUGCACGUGUACAGAAUACUUACUGUGCUUUAUAACCAGUCAUGUCUGCAAAAAUAAGUGUAGUGUUUUUCACAAAAUGUGCAAAACUCAAUGAUAUCUGAAAACAUUGUAAUGGUCAUCAGUGAACAUAUAUUAGUAGCUUAUUUACAGAACACUGACACUUAUCUGCUAGAUACUAAAGUUCAUAUCCUUGCCUAGUUUUUUUAUUGCCAACUGCUCCUUAAUAGGAUGAGACCCACUUUUUUUUAUUUCAUAUUACAAACUGUUUAAAUAUUAAAAGAAUAAAACAAAAAACAAAAAAAGACUAUA